GUCCCACCGCGGCACUGCCAUCUCCGUCUUGCUCGUUGCCUGCCCCGUCGACGCCGUCUAUCAUGUCCAACUCAGCAGAACAGUCCUUCAGAAGUAAUCUCUCUCAGUUUCGCUGGGCGCAGGCAAACAACGCAGAUACCCAGCAGGACGCGGCCGGCCCUCCUCCUGGGCGGUUCGCGCGUUUCUACGACGCCAUUGGAGGUGGCUACAUACCCUUGCGAUCGAGUGAGCGGUCAAAUGACGAGGAGGCAUACUUUGCGUUGUCAAGAUGGGAGAGACUGUUAGGAUUUGGAGGCUGCUUGAUUGGAGCAGCAGUCUGCUUCUUCGUCGCAUUCUUGACAUUACCCAUGAUUGCUUUGCGACCGGCAAAGUUCGCACUUGCAUUCAGCCUGGGGAGCUUGCUGAUCAUGUUUGGAUUCUCGGUCCUCAUUGGACCAAUCAACCACAUGAAACACCUCAUAUCCAAGGAACGCUUGCCGUUCUCAUGUGCGUACAUCGGUAGUUUGGCACUUACACUAUACUUCUCCUUGGGUCCACAUUCAUAUAUCGGGUCGCUCAUAGGCGCCAUCGUACAAGUUGUCGCUUUAGUCUCUUACGUGCUCGCAUACUUCCCAGGAGGUAUCACUACACUGCGCUUCGGCGGCCAGAUGGCCCUGCGGGGGGCCGGCAGCCUGCUCCCGUUCUGACGUGUAUAUUUAUGUACUGUUGUUAUCGUGCGAUGUUCAUGCACGCCUUGUCUGGUGC